AUGGUUUUCCAAGCACCACCGCCGCCGGACGCCUCCGCUGAGAAAGUCAAGUCUCCUUCCAGCUACUAUGGCCUCAAGUCUCCCGACGACACCGCUGGCGAUGGCCUUGUCGUCGCAACGGCCAAGGCGUUGGUCAAGAUUCCGCGGGUGCUACGCGUGUUCCUGUCGGCGUUCUCCGACAUCUACCCGAUCGGCGGAUACCGUCGCCGCCCAUACAUGAUCAUCGGCUGGAGCGUUGCUUUCAUCGCGUGCUUCAUCAUGGCUGUCGUCCCUCUCGGCGAUCCGUAUUACGAGGACCCGUCGCUGGAAGACAUCGAUCUCGCCGACAUGACCCCUGAACAACUUGCACUCGUGCACACUGACGCUCCGCACCGCGGCAUCAAGUUCAUCUUCCUCUUCAUGCUCGCCAACCUGGGUGCUCUGUCCCAACGCGAGCCGGAGCAUAUCCGAGGCCGUCUUCAGACGAACGUGUUCAUGGUGCGCAACGCCCUUGCGAUCGUGACGGCUUUCCUGACUGGACUAUGCCUCAACAGCACCGAGUACGGCGGCACCUUCUCGUGGACCAUCGGCUUCAACGGCAUCAUGUGGAUAUGCACUCAUCACGAUCCCGAGAAGGUGGAGCAGACGAAGUCCAUCGGCACCUUCUACAAGGAGAUCUACGAGGUCAUCCAGAAGGAACCCUUCUAUCGCCUGUUCAUCUUCCGCUACUUCACCAAGAUCUUCGCUGCGGUGUGGGUCACUGCAUCCAGCAACAUCCAAUCCAUCUACGCCGGUGUAACGCCGCUCAACGACGUCAUUGCGGCUUGUAUCAGCCAAGUGCUGAUUGUUGCUGGCCUCUUCUCGAUCAAAAAGUGGGGGCUCCAAUGGAACUGGCAGUACUUGGCCAUCUUCUCCCAGCUCUUCGCGGUGUUCGUCGACGCCUUCCCAACGUACUUCACGAUCUGGAACGUCUUCCGCAGUCAGUGGUUCUGGCUCGGUGUGCCGCUUCUUGAGGACUUUGUGGGUGAAUUCGUCGACUAUGCUACGACCAUCACGAUGGUGGAAAUCGCCGAACCCGGUCGUGAAGCGACAUCCAUGGGGUUCCUGGGCUCUAUCACUGCUGCUGGUACAGUCAUCACUAAGUCGGUCGACAGCUACUUCGAGAUCGGGCAAAAGGCUCUCAAGAGAGACGACCACGCGGUGCACCACGAGGCGCAGGCGAUGAAGCAGAACGGCAACAAGAGCAAGCUCAUCGGCACAGUUUCCGUCGUUAUCUUCCUGUUCUCCGUAGCGUGGGCAAUCAUGACCCACCUCCUGUCGCUAUGGGACUCGACCUCGUGCCUGCGUAUUGCUGGUGGUAGCGGGUGUUAG